CUUAGUACCUCUCUCGUUUUCCUCCUCGCCGGCAAAGUUUCCGUCGUUGUUUCUCUUCACUCUCCCACCACGAAGAAUCUAAGGGGGGGCGAUGAAGCAAGCAAGCCCCUUCUUCCGUCGCGGAGAGCACUUCUUCGAUGACCUCUCCCGCUCCAAUUUCUGUUACGAAUCGUUCGGAUUACAUAUCCUCCUCGGACGAGGAAUACCAAAAGUGCAGUCGAAUUCUCAGUCCAGUGACGAUCCGCGGAAGGUGAUGUUACAGAGGCUGGCUGAGCUUGUCACAGGGCAUAUGGGUGGGGGGAUCUGCGGAAGAUUGAGUAUUGACAAGGUGGACUGAAAAAAAGAAAUGAGUUCAAGGCAGCAGUGAACACUUGUAUAUGCCCUCUUGGCUCUUGGCCUCUCCAGGCAUCGUGCUCUGCUUUUCAAGGCAAUUUCUUGAACCCUCUCUUUCUGGAUUUAGUGUCUUUUCUUUUAAUCCCAUUUCCUUUUCCUUGUGUCUGGCUAGUUAUGAACUUCUUGACUGAUGGACUGAUUUUAAAUGAAAUCAUUAUGUGAGCGAAAGCCUUUUUGCUGUGAAUUUUGUUAGCCCGAGUGGAUGGCUCCAGAAGUUUUACGCAAUGAGCCUUCAAAUGGAAACAACAUUGAGAUUGCCUUGGCGAGGAAUGAACCCGAUGCAAGUAGUAGGAGCAGUUGGUUUCCAGAAUCGCAGGCUUGAGAUCCCAAAGGAGGGAAGAAUCAUCUUGGGAAUGUUGGCAAACGUAACUCGUAGAUUCGAAUCUGUGGCCCUCCUUUGCUCACUGACGGAAGUCCUGAACCAGCUCGUGCUUCCUUCACCACAAGAGUUUCCAACUGUGAAUAUAUGAAAGACGGAAAAGCCGCCAUGCUGUGCUUAAUAUUAUUGGGUUUUUAACUUGGGCUCCUCUGUUUCCCACAAUGGACGCUUAUCGCUCUGAGGCCAAAGCUUUUCCAUCAGUAUCAUCAUUCCAAUAUACGGUUCGAUUAUAAAAUUUAAUAGUAUUGUUUGUUUACCACUAUUUUUUCUUAUCCAUAUCAACUUGUGUUCCUAAUCAUAGUGCCUAUUUUAACCCAUACAGAAAACUGAUAUCCAGUGGAUAUUGGUUUGUAUUGUUCUUCUAAUUUUGGAUCAUAUAAAUCACAAUUAGUGAUUAUGGGACGAAAAUGAUAUAUUGAGAGACUUGGGGGUAGAUAGAGUAAAUAGAUACUCUCGAAGGAGAGAGUGUACGUGGAGUGCUAGAGAAAGUGAGUGAUUAGGGUCCACGAAUUGGCGCGAAUUCCAUGGGGAUGAAAGAAGAAACUCACCGAAGUCGAAGGAUGAACAACAAUGUCACUUUCUCUCUCUCUUAUUUUUUUUUGUUUACUCAUUCCUACAGUCGCUCCUUCGCUUCUUUUCUUCUUCUCUCCUUAUUUUUUUCCGAUCUCCCAGUUUCAUUGUUCUAUUUCAGUUUCUGGUGAUCCCAUCAUUUUUUUUUUGUUCUGUGUGGUGAUCUUAUUCCUCUGAACGUGGUAAUAUAUCGGUGAUUUGAUUUUGUUUUGUCGGAAACUGUAAUCGUUUUGUCCGAAUCCCUCUCCGGUGUGUCUGUUUGUCUAGAAAUCUACAGAUUUUUAGGUUUCUUGCGUAACAAGUCACUAUACUGUGGAAAAAUGUCCCAAAAAAUGGAUCUCCUUCACUUGUAAUCAUUGUGAAGAAGAAAAGACUGACCAAUAUUGAACAAUGGGAACUCCAGUAAACAUUAUUGUCGGUUCUCAUGUUUGGGUUGAAGACUCAGACGUGGCUUGGAUUGAUGGUGAGGUUGAAAAGCUCACUGGAGAAGAAGUUGUGAUCCAAGCCACAACUGGAAAGAAGAUCACUGCAAAGUUGUCAAAGAUAUACCCAAAGGAUGUGGAAGCUCCUGCAGGUGGUGUUGAUGACAUGACAAAGCUGUCUUACCUGCACGAACCUGGUGUCCUUCAGAACUUAAAGAUCAGAUAUGAACUUAAUGAGAUCUAUACAUACACAGGAAACAUCCUUAUAGCGAUUAAUCCUUUUCAACGGUUGCCUCACAUCUACGAUGCCCAUAUGAUGCAACAAUACAAAGGAGCACCUUUUGGAGAACUAAAUCCUCAUGUUUUUGCUGUCGCUGAUGUUGCAUACAGGGCCAUGAUUAACGAAGGGAAGAGCAAUUCGAUUCUUGUAAGUGGUGAGAGCGGAGCUGGAAAAACUGAAACCACUAAGAUGCUUAUGAGAUACCUUGCGUAUUUAGGAGGUCGUGCAGUUACAGAGGGAAGGACUGUUGAACAACAAGUUCUUGAAUCAAAUCCUGUUCUCGAAGCCUUUGGUAAUGCAAAAACUGUGAGGAAUAACAACUCAAGCUGA